GUUUAUUGUGCAAGUCUUUCAUUUUCACAUGUUUUCUUGCUCCAAAAUGUGAGAUGUCAUCUGGCAGAUGUUGGGACGCUCAUAACGCAAAACAUUUCAAAACCAAACCAAAAGUUUCCUCUUAAUUGUUUUUCUUCUUCUGAGCGAACGAGCGUCCGCGAGGGUUUUUCUGCCAUCUGGCCUCCAAAAAUCCGCUCCACAAGAGUAGAACUCGAUUACGUGUCCGCAUAUCUUUUGCCGUUUUUUUUUUUUUUUUUUUUUUUUUUUUUUUUGCUGUGGUCACUUGACAAUUUUGAGUUCACAACGCGCGCUCGUAUGAAAGCGGAUGCGUUAAAACGUGAAGCGGGCGUCGCUCGUCCCGGUGAAACAACGCAAACGGAUGACCGUUGGCGGGCAGUCGGAACGGUCACCGGGGCGGCCUUGUCAAGUUCUCAUUUCAUCUUUUCCGUCCGAGUAUUGAGUCCUGAUACCAGGAGAACUUUUGAGACGUGACGAAUGAGAAUCGCACAAAGACGCAAAGCUCAGCGACGCUAACUCCGCAAAGACGCGGACGCGAAAGGAAGACGUCCCGUGACCGCGGCGCCCGGCGGGCUCCGUCGGCCACGCCCCUUUUGCCGAGCAAACAUCACGUGUCGGCGAGCUGGCGCCGUUUCCGGAUAAACCCGUUUCAGCAAAAACGCCCCAAGCCGACCGAGGCCCUAAAAAUAAUCAACAAUGUGCCCACAGAUGGCACAACAAGAUGGCUGCCAGGGGGGUGGGGGUGGGGGUGGGGGUCUCCAUUGCCGUUCGCGGCUGCGACCGCGUGACUGCGCCGAAAGUUCUCCACUCGUCACAGGACGUUUCUCCCUCAGAACCUUUCAGAAUAAAAGUCUGGUUUGUCUUUUUUCAAGCAGAGCGCCAAGCAACCGUCACCCGCUGUCGACUUCACGCUUCAAAGGCAAAAAUUUGGUCCCUCCCCCAAAACACAAACGUGACCGACGUUCAAUACAGUCAAGGAGUGGUACCGGUACCACCCUUGUAAAAAAAAAAAAAAUCCCUGAAAUAAUCAAGCGAAAGGUUCGACGUGAAAUUCACAACUUUUGUCCCCUUUUCAUCUUUUGAUGUGAAAAUGAAAGAAUGAUCCCGAUACUCUUUGCGCUCGCUAAAUAUUUUUUGCUCCCUUUCACGGCUCGGCCCGUUGCCAUGGAAACAACCCAAACGCCGCUGCUCGGGGAGUGCGCGCGCGCGUGUGUGUGUGUGUGUGUUUAAUAAAUGCGGUCAGCCUCUUUCCAUCGAAUCGAUGAUUCCCCCCCGGUUCUUGCCAACAACAGAAUAUUUUUGCCCGGUGCCGUCCAAUCACUUUUGUGUGUCUUGACGAGGUCCAAUCGCUGGCAGCAAGCCUCGGCGUCGGUUCGUGUUUAGCGACGCCACAAGGGCACUUUGUCUUCUCUGCUGGCUGUUGCCAUGGUAGCGACGCCCCUCCCUCCCACGGUGCCGGCGAGCUUGUGAAGUCAUGCAAAUGAAUCCUGAUGAAGUUCAUUAAGAUCACAACUCAAAGUGAUCAAAGUUGCUUUGAGGAGGAGGCGCAGCAGCUCGGUCUUCAGCUUUCUCCCCCUUCAAAGCGUCCUCGACACGCCUGACGGGCCGCCGCCCGCGCCGUCAAUCACGGCGUCUCGGCGAUCGGCCCGCUCGACUUCGGGCCGUCCCCGGAGGUCGGAGACCACGUCGACGACGCAGUCGGCGGCGUCGCUUUUCGUCAAAAUUGCGGUGAGGUCUGGAAUGAAGAGACAAAGUCCGGGUCGGCUGACGUCCGGCCGCGAAUGCCGAUGCCGAGCCGAGCCCGGGCCGGCACCCCGCCACGCUCUCCCUCCGUCUUGCGCCCGAGACCCUCCCCGGCCCAGAAGCGCUCGACGCUGACGCCCGACCGACGGGAGCCCCUCGUCGCCGUCGCCGUCAUGCCCGGUCGCAGAAAGUCCUCCGUCCCCUUCGUGGUCCGAGUUGACCCGAAGGAGGAGCCGGACGUCGAAAUUUUGGACGUGAAAAUGUUGACGGAAAACAAUCUGAUGGACGAGUCCGAGCCUGUCGCGGAAAGUGACUCCCCUCGGAGUGCGGAUGGGCCGGACCAGGAAAACCUCCAUCCCGGGACAGGAGAAGAGCAGCAGCAGCAGUCGAGAGAGAAGGACGGAGCGUCCCGGUCCGACCACGAGGCGCAGAAGAAAGAGCCCAAAGGCUAUGAGUGCAAAUGUUGCCCGUUCUGGUGUCAGAACCUUAAAGACUUUAAAGACCACGUGGACUCCAGCCACCCUAACGUCAUUCUCAAUCCUUUGUACCACUGCGCCGUGUGUGACUUCAACACCCAAAAAUUUGAGCUUCUCACAAAACACAACGAGAGCCUUCAUCCCGACGAAAGCAACUUCAAGUUCAAGAGGAUCAAGAAGGACAACCAGACCAUCUUGGAGCAGACCAUCCGAGUCCAGGGUCGUCCCCGUCCCGAAGAACAUUGCGGAAGCGACGCCUGGUCGCCCGGCGCCGUCAAAGCGCCGGAAUCCGUCGAGUCGCUCCGCGGGGGCAGCAGAGUCUCCGACCGGAAGGAUCCGAUCGCGGCGCUCAACAUCAACGGCACCGUCAUCAUUCCGGAGCCGUCCAUCCUCCAGAACCGGUCCCACGUCAGCCCGGUGCUCCAGCGCCCGCCCAACAUCAGCUCCCAACCGAAAAUAGCCGUUCCCCUGAACAGCACCAAAUACAACCCGUCCCUGGACCACAACCUGACUCUGAUCACCUCCUUUAACAAGUUCCCCUACCCAACCCACGCUGAGCUGUCCUGGCUAACGGCCGCUUCCAAGCACCCGGAGGACCAAAUCAAAGUUUGGUUCACCACCCAGCGGCUCAAGCAGGGAAUCACUUGGUCCCCGGAGGAGGUGGAGGAGGCCAGGAAGAAGAUGUUCAACGGUUCCAUCCCUGUGGCUCACCGCAAAUUUGCGGCCCCGUCCACGCGUCUCUUCUUUCCCCAGUCUGCCUUCCGACAGCGUCAUUUGCCAAAGGCCACCCCCAAUUCCGUCGGCGUCCUCGUCGCUGAAAACAUCGCCGUCGGUAAACGAUCGCUGACGACUCACUGCGGUCCCGAGUCCAAGAGACCCGUCAUGGCGGUCGCCCCCUGUCAAGAGGGCCCCAAAGACGAGGGCCUCGUGGCUCCUUCUCAAAAGGAGCGCCACCCGCUGGGCGCGCCGUUCCCGAUGGGUGUGAACGCCGUUGUGCCUUUAAUGCCAGGGAAGCUUCUCCCUUUGUCAGGAAAUCCCAAAACCAAACCGGUGGUGUCGCUGCCGUCCAUCGUCUUUCCGGAGUCCUUAACGAGGCCGACGAUCGCGCCGCCGCCCAUCUUUGCCCCGCCGUUUAAAAGCUCCUUACUUCUGCCUCGACUUUCCAAAGAGAGGCUCCCCAACGCUUUGCCGGCCGCAAAGGUGACCUUCCCGAUUUCCCCUCGACUUGUCACUCCCCUCGCCAGGAGGCCCCCCGUCAUCCGGUCCGCGCACAGUCCGGCCAAAGCUCCCGGCGGCGCACCGGGGCAAGAAGAGCAGAGCGCGGAGACGGCGACGCUCAAUCCCGUCGCGGAGGCGGACGGGGCGACGCGGCCGCAGGGCGGCGAGCUUCCGCUCGGAGAGUGCCGCAACAAGUCCUCGGUGCUCACUCAGUUCCCGCUGCUUGAAAGAAUGAAGGGCAAGACGGCAGAGCAGCUGAAGGUCCUGGAGGAGCAUUUCCUGAGGAACAGCUUCAUCUCCCGCAGCGACACGGACAAUCUGGCGCUCGCCACCCGUUUGUCCCACCGGGAGAUCGAGGGCUGGUUUGCCGAGCGUCGGGCGCUCCGGGAUAACCUGGAACUCGCCCUCCUCAACUCGAUGGGCACAAAGAGGACCGAGGCGGACCGGGACGCGACGCUGCCCCUCAAUGGGAUUCAAGAGCAAAGUUUCCGUCUGGAGGAUCUUCCCAAUUCCCGCCCGGCGGUGCUCCUCAAGGACCAUUUUGCUGAAACCGGGGCGACGGCGACCCCUUCGGAGGUUUGGCCCGGACUGGCCCGGCUGGACCUGGCGCGCUGGUUUUGCGACACCCGCUCGACACUGCACGCGGAAUUUUUCCACAGCGGCGGACUGAACGGAAGUCCGGCGCGCCAAGGAAAAAUCGCUGUGUCCGGCUCCCGUGAGCGCUGCCAGGAGGGCGGCGCUAAGGUUCUGGAGGCCGAGCUGAGCCGGCUGAUGGAACCGCACGCUAACUGUCUUAACGUUCUGCAGCACGGCGAGUUACAAGACAGCCUCUCUGCCAGGUGCGAAUAGCGAGAAUCGGAUCCCGCCGCCACGCUGCCGUCGCCUUGGUAACAAGAAGUCUCCGCCCCGCCCCGCCCCACCAUUCCUCCGAAGAGCGAUUGACAGGAGGUGUGUCGGAAAACAGGAUCGGGACCGUUAGCUGGUGCGGCUAACGUGUUUAGUUCCACGUGCGUGGGGGGGGGGAGGGGGGCUGACAGCCAUUUUGAUUCUGAUGCCAACUUUGGGACUUUUGGGAGGCCUGUUGCCAAGGAGACCGAACGACCACACACUCCUCCCUUCUCGCUGCAAGCUUAAGCCCCGCCUUCUCGCUCGGCAACGAACGCCCCGAGUGGGUUGUGCCGCUCCUCUGCUGAAAACGGGGGCGAGGCGCUCACUUUGGUCCCGCGUCGGACGGAACCCCUUUGCGGGGUUCAACUGUUUGCUUUGCUAACCCUUGCGAGCGGACUCGCGACCCAACUGGACCAAAAGGCACAAACGCGUACCGAGCGGCAAAAUCUUUCGGUACUUCUUGUAAGAAACGGCAGGAUCUCAUUUCAAGCCAAGAUUUUUAUACUGACAACAUUUGGACCCAAAAGAAUGGAAUUAGUAGAAUUGCGUUUCUUAAAAAAAAAAAAAAAAAAAAAGUCUUUCUUGCCCAAAAUUCGGACAAAAAAAACCUCUUCAAAUAUGUACAGUAAACGUAUUCAGCAGAAAGAAGAUAAAUACACGCGGCAAUAUUUAGUUUUGCAGUGUUGGCCUGUGCUCGAGCGUGUACUUUGAACGUAGGGAUGCGCCGAUACUGCACGUACGUACGCACGCGCACUUGUAAAAAUGCUCCCAUACCCCGACGGCGCCGUACCCACCGGACUUGGAACUAUUGUUGCGUGAGAAAUCCAAAAGAGGUGCCGAACGGACGGCACGUGGAGCGGCAUUUUCUUUUCUACAGGUCGGCGCUUCAAAAUAGCCCAAAGUUAACAAUUUGACGCCCGUGAACGCACGGCAACUUAUUCACGCUUCGUCUGUCACGCAAUCUCAGCCGCUGAAGUAUGAAUUUGCCGACGUCCGCCGUUGACGGAUUCGGUCGGGGGGAAAUUGCGGUCCCCACUUUUGACUUGACGAAUGUCGAAGUGGGCUCGGUUCCGCCUCGCUCGGCUUGACGCGAGAAUGUUGAUGCCGAGCUAAGGCAUACGCGCCGAUUUGGAACACGUCCCGUCCUACGCGCACGCACGCACGCACACGAUUUUUCUUUCAGGCGCCCCCCCCCCCCCCC